AUGGAACCAUCGCUGCGGCGGGCUGCCUCGACAUUUUGCGGGCGCUGCUCUGCCUCUCUGAGAAGGCAAUUGGUGUCACAGAGAUCACCACAGCACAUCACAGCGGCCCCGAUCCGCCAUGUCCGAGCUCUUCACGGAACGGCCUCGUAUCAAACAAAGCGAUCGAACUCUCUGACUGGAAGCAGCGAAAAAGUAAGGGACUUCAGCUCCAAUGCGAAACUCGAGGCUGAAUCUGCGGCCGCUGCUGCCCCCGCCCCGCCCUCUUCUGAUCCGUCCUCGAGGUUGAGUCCCGACAACUUGUUUCAUUCAUUUACCAAUUCCCCGGUUCCCGAAUUCCGACGCCGAGCAGCCUUCAUGAGAGAACACGCAUUCUGCCCUCACCCAGAUCACCAGCUCACUAGGGUCCCUACAAUUGCCCCCAAGGCCGAGGACCAGCCCGAGACAGGCGGAUCCUCCGCUCCGUGUCAUGUGGACUUUGAAUGUCCCGACUGUGGGAUCCCUGUUUACUGUAGCAAGGAACAUUGGAUGGAUGAUUACGAGAACCAUCUCAAGGUUUGCGACACUCUGCGACAGAUCAACGAGGAUGAUCAUGAUCUUCGAUCAGGCCGUGUGUUCCACGAGGCAAACCUCCCUGAUAUCCAGAUGGAGCAUGCCAUGGUCAACAUGACGAAUUGGGAUACGUUCAUGUAUACCCGAGAGUUCGAUGCAGUUGAUACAGAUCGCUCAAUGAGGCAGAUUACCAGGCUUCUGACGUACCCAAUCACUGUUGGCAGUGUUCUUCAUGAACUCAGUCCUUAUAGUCUCAAGUCGGGCGGUCGUUUGACUGUUGAGGGCUUGAAGAGUUUUAGUGCUCUAAGAUACAAUCUCCAUCCGCAAAGGACCGGCGCUGGUUCCCGCGUUGAUCAGCUACGCCCAGAACCUCCAGCUGUUCGAAUCUUCGUACUUGGAGCUAGGGCCGAAUCUUCUUUACCACGUGCCACAUGGAUCCAGCUCUCUCAUCUAUUCCCUGAUGCACGGUUCCAUCUCAUCUUCAUUGGCCCCGAGAGCAUGGCGAACCGUGAUGAUGAGUUCCCCCUGCCUGCGCGCACACCCGAAAACCCCUGGGGCGCUGUUGUGGAGGACCGGGUCUGGUACAGGAUGAAGAUCAGUACCAUCGUGGACUAUUAUCACACAAUCCACAAGACGGGCUACUUUGCUCCCCACGAUCCAUACUUUGACUGUUUCGUGCUAUUCCACCCUGGCCUGGGUCAUCCUGCCAGCAGUCAUGAUUGGGAGGAAACUCUGCCAUUGCUGUUGGAGACCAAGGUUCCCAUUAUCAGCACUGGAUACACACAGUUCGACCUCGAGCGAGAUGUUGAAUGGGUUAAGAAGAAGUCAGGUGGCGAAUUUGACAUUCUUCUAGAACCUGGCCAGAACAGCUUCCGUAGUUUGCGAUGGGAUCUGAAUGAUCUCGACCCCCAGGAUGUCAGCAGCGGCAACUGGGGUGUUUGGGCAUUCCGUGGAAAGAGCCCCCGGCUGGGUCAUGAUUCCAACAGCGUUCCCUCUGGACGGCGCCGCUAUCCUGAUGUCAUGACGACAGUCGCAGCACAACCACUCGGCACCCCUGCCCCUCGUCUGAGACCGCCGACUUCAUCAGCCACCGACACCGAGUCCAAGGUGGCGGCAGCAGUGCGUCGAGCGCCGGCAUCAGAUCCGCUCUCUGCGCGGGCAACCUCAGCCCUGAUACGGCGGACGCUAUGCCCUCAGCAACUCGGUGACAAGGGCCGCGACACCCAGAAGCCCAUAGAGGAGCUGUUGCCCCCCCUUACGAGCCGGAAUGACGUUGACCUCGAGCUCUAUGCCUUCCUGGCGAUCAUCCUAAGGCAGUUUGUCCAGAGCUGGUACGGAAAGAUCACCUCGGACGAGAACUUUGUGGCGGAGAUUGUGCACAUCAUCGCACACCUCACUCGCGCGCUGGAGCAGCGGUCCAGAAAGGUGGACUGGGAGAGCUUGCUGCUGGAUCAAGUCCCGGAUUUACUAGACAAGCACAUCACAGCCUAUCGCGCUGCGCAUCGACCAGCUGCUCAGAGCCAUGUACAUGUUGAGCCCAGGCAGGUCUAUCAUGCGCUUAUUCCCCUACCUUCUCUAUCCCCUGUUCCUCUAAGCGACGAUGAGGCCACCGUGACGGAGCAAAAGGACAAUGAGUCGGCGUACCGACAGCUGCUAGUCCAGGCCGUGCUCGCGAUUCUCUUACCAACUGAGGAUCUCGAGAACCCGUGCCUUACCGCCAUCGUGGGGCAAAUCUUUUCAGAACUCAUCAUUGGCAAUCUGGUAGCCAACAGAGUAGCGCAACCAUGGCUGAUAUGGGAAGGUCUCUGCAUCUUGGCCAACUUGCAGCGGCGCAAGAGGGCAGAAGCCGCGGAAAGACUGGCUGCUAGCACUGGCGGGCUGCCCCGCAAGUGGAACGUUCACGGGUUCUUCUUAUCCCUCAUCAACCUCGUAAUCGUCUUCAUCACCUCGAUCCGCCUGGUUGCGUCGGCUGUGGUGGCCUCAUCCUCAUUGCCGCCUCGGUUGGUGCUUGACGGUGACGAGAACGAACCAACCACAUCCGCCAAGCAGGUUGAUGAGGCCGCGCCUCACGAUGAUCCGAAAGCGCCGAUUCUUAGCUUCAGCAUUUGGUCAUGCGCCGGUAAUCUGAUCGAGCUCCCCUCGAGGAUGCCCUGGCUUAGCGGAAUGCUAUCCCUUGUUCUGCAUGGAUGUCUCAAGGGUCCAGGCCGCAUUGGCAGGCUCAACGGUACAGUUGAUAGAUUCCUAUCCCAUUACAUCCAGUCCCUCAUUUCCUCGUCGCACCUCCCACACCUCCUUCGGACCGUCCGAGGCGUGCUUUUCCCAAACAACGCCCCCGGGAAGUCCUCGUUGGUACCUCCUUCGUCGGAUGAGGAGCUGCUAGCCCUACGUAGGCGAGCGGCUAGCGCGUUGUGGAGUCUGGUCCCUAGUACUGCCGGCAGACUGUACCUCGGAGGUCGCCUGCUGCACCGUGGCGGUGGCGAUAUCGACAUGGAGCGCCAGGACGAGGACAGGAUGGUCGACCAAGUGGAGUCCCUGCUGAUGGUCUUCUCCGACGAGUACUGCAACAAGCACCUGGUGUACGGCGUGCUGGAGCUCGUCCUCGUGAAGCUAAUGCCGGAGCUCAUCGACAAGGGCGUCGAGGAGCUGUGGGAGGAGAGGCUAGGCGAGCGGUGA